AUGGAGACCGCUAUUCGCUGGUCGCCAUCGUCGACCGCGGCGGAACAGCGCUUUCUCUCGGUGGAUGUGGUAGGAAAGGCAUUCCGCCUGUGCAAGGUGACGUCCUUCGACGGCCAAAACCUAGAACAUGAGGUGCUUGCUGCUCACACCAAGGUUCCGGCAUUCCGGGCCUUCGACUGGUCGCCCGCUGAUGAGUCGCUCGUCGCUGUCGGUCAGUCGUCCGGAGACGCCACUAUUCUGCGCCUGGGCAGCGAGUCCCAGGAGUCGUUCUCGUUUCCGAUUCGUCACCAGCGGUAUUGUAACGCUGUCGCGUUCAGCACGCACGGAUUACUGGCUGCUGGCCUGGAUCGUGUGCGGAAUGACUUUUGCCUCAACGUCUGGGAUGUCAAUCAGCGGCUCGCUAUGAGAGGAGGGAAGGGGGUUGUGGAGCCACUGAGGAAGCUGGCUAGUUCGGAACCGAUCACCAGUGUGAAGUUCUUCAGGGAUCAACCUGACACAUUAGUAGCGGGUGUGAAGGGGCAGUAUGUCAGAAUUUAUGAUCUUCGAGAGGGACCUGGCAAUCCGUCGCUACAGUUUCCGACUCGGUGUGUCCAUGGUCUAGCUAUUGACUGGCUGGACGAGAAUUACAUUGCAUCGUGUCUUACCUCUAAUGAUCCUACUAUCUGUAUCUGGGAUCGACGUGUAGGAUCUCGAUAUACGACUCCUGGCGUAGGUCCAGCAAAUACUCUUGAGACCGGACAGCCGGGACCUGCGCUUGAGUUCAAGAAUGUUAUCGCUCCGAAGUCAACCAUCUGGAGUCUGCGAUUUUCUCGGACAAAGAGGGGAUGUCUAGGAGUUCUUGCGAAUACCGGCCACUUCAAAACCUACGAUGUUGUCAAAGAAUAUUUAUCCGAGGAGUAUCGCUCGUCAGUGGAUGAGACCUUGGGCCAAGGAUCUUCGAAGAACUAUCCAGAGCAGAUAUACAUCAAGUAUGUGCGAGAUGUUUCCAGUCCAUUCAAUCAUCCAUCACGGGGCUAUUUGGAAUCGGAAAGGACCGUGUCCUUCGAUUUCCUGAAUAUGAGUCCCUCCAAUGAGCCUACCGCCUUAACACUAUCGGCCAAUGGCCAGGUCAACAUCAUUACAACCAAACCGCCGUCACCUCCUGUGCGACUCUCCUCCCAAGGCUUGUUAAUACGCGGGACGUCUGGCGACAACGCAGAUUUUCGAACGAUAAGCCCUAUGCCUAGUCAAGGGCUGCGCAUUUCUGAGGUGAUUGAAGACCUCCGUGAACGUAUUCUACCAGGCCACGAUGUUCCGGAAGUACCGCGUGAAAGUCAUCCCGCAAAGCCAUUAUCUAGCCGUGAGGCUCGGGAACGUGCUCUUUCUCUAGGAACGUCGGGCAAUCUGAUUACAGCCGAGGAGGCUUUGACCCUAUUGACCAUCAACAGACUUCGUUGUAAAGAAGGAUAUCUAUUUGAUGCAGCCCGGAACCGGAAGAUAGUCGCCGAUGAUCCUCGCCUGCAAGGCUUCUGGGGUUGGAUCCAACGCGCGCGCAAUGACUCGUCUAAUGAUUCAAUGGUUGCAAAUGGCCUAGAUCUGAAUUAUGUGGGAGUGUAUGACAUUUGGAACAAUGAUCUUGGCGAAACUUUAGACACUAGGCACCUCGAACCCGACGCCAGGCCUGAUAUCAGCAAGGUCAUCGUCAAUCUAGUUCGAGAACAGCUCAAUCUCCCUGAGACCAGGGGCUGUGAGACAAACUACCCAGAGCAUCGCAGGCUUUGUCUUCGACUCUGCGGCGCAGCUCAGACUCACCGUGAAUUGGAAGAACUCGUCAAAACGUUGUCAGCCGACAGUCAACAUACUAAAGCAGCAGCUCUAGCUGUCUUCCAGGAUGAGGCUAAAUUGGCCUACUUAGCGUUGCGAAGCCACCAGCCCACUCAAGCACAUAAGCUGCUUGCCAUGGCCAUUGCUGGCGCGGCGAAAGGCGACACUGACCCGGAUUGGGAGGACACCUGCGCGGAGAUUGCCAAAGAGCUCACAGAUCCAUAUGCACGAGCAAUCUUGGCACUUGUGAGCAAAGGGGACUGGAACUCUGUCAUCCAGGAAACCACACUUCCAUUGAAGUAUCGAAUUGAGGUCGCUGUGCGUUGGCUGCCCGACGACGAGCUGACCGAGUAUAUAAACGAAAUGACCGCUGAGGCCGUCCUUCAGGGAGAUAUUGAAGGCAUUGUACUAACAGGGCUGGGGCCUUCCGCCAUGGACCUUUUUCAAUCAUACAUCAGGAAAUUCAACGAUGUGCAAACACCAGUUCUCGCCAUGAGCCACGCCGUCCCACGAUUUAUUAAUAACAACCCGAAUAGGGCACGCUUUGAAGCAUGGCGCGAAGCGUACCGUUGGCAGAUUAAUUCCUGGAAACUACAGCUGGAACGAGCACGCUUCGAUGUCGGUUCUCGCAAAUUUGCCGUCACUUGGGACGGGAGAAAAUUGAUUGAGCCACCACGACAACAAGUCAGUCUGACUUGUAAUUACUGUACCCGGCCACUUACCCAACACGAUGCCUCUUCUCAGCUUUCACCAUCUACUACUGGCGAGGUCGUCCACCCCACACCUGGGAAUCCCCUGGGCACGUCGGCAAUGUCUGGAAUGGUUUGUCCACGCUGCGGUCGGCACAUGCCCCGAUGCGGCGUCUGUACCUUUUGGCUGGGAUCCCCAGACCCGAUGUCGAAAGCGUGCCUCGCCGCCGACGCUGGACAGCAGGCCGGAAAACCUACCCAAGCGGAGAUGAUGCGAAGAUUCAUCGUGUUCUGUAUCAACUGUAACCAUGGAUUCCAUGCGCACCAUGCCCAAGAGUGGUUCAUGAAGCAUAGGGUCUGCCCGGUUGCGGAUUGCAACUGUAUCUGUGAUCGGUGA